AUGAAUCGAUACUUUACCGACCGGCCUAAAACCUUACGUUCUUCGCGGGUCCCUUCUUCGCGAUUGGGUAGAUUAUUUCAUUAUGGAGGCUUAGCUGCAGGAUUGAGCUGGGGAACCGCAUCCGAGGCCUUGCGACGGACAAGUGGUAUGGGAUCAUCAUGUGGAGACUCCCAAAACUCACUCUUAUUAUCCGAAGCAAAUGUUAGACGAUUAGUGGAUAAACUUACUAAAAUGCGAGGUGCUGCUUUAAAGUUGGGUCAAUUUAUGAGUAUCCAAGAUGCCAAAAUUCUUCCUCCUCAGAUUGAAGAAAUCUUUGUUAAAGUGCAAAACACGGCUGAUUAUAUGCCAUUAUGGCAAACUGAGCAAGUGAUGAAACAAGAGCUAGGAACAGAUUGGCGCCAUCGCUUCCUAAAAUUCUCAGAUAAACCCUUGGCAGCAGCUUCAAUAGGACAAGUACAUUCAGCUCAAGCCAUAGAUCCAAUAACAAAACAACCAAUCGAAUUAGCCAUCAAAGUUCAAUUUCCAGGAGUAUUUGAAUCAAUUCAUUCAGAUUUAUCAUAUUUAUCAAUCUUAGCAUCUUCUUCUGCAAUCCUACCAAAAGGUUUAUUUCUUUCUAAUACUCUUAAAGUAUUGGGUCAAGAGUUAAAAGAUGAAUGUGAUUAUCGUAGAGAGGCUUGGUGUAUGGGAAUGAUGUCAAGGUUUUUAGAGGAUGAUUCUAGGUUUAAAGUUCCUAGAGUUAUUGAUCAACUUAGCACCGGGAUGGUGUUGUCUAUGGAAAUGAUGCGUGGAACACCGCUUACGAGGGCUGCUCAAUGGCCUCAGCAUUUACGCGAUCAGAUUGGACGCGAUAUAUUACAGUUAUGUUUACGAGAGAUAUUCCAAUUCAGGUUGAUGCAGACGGAUCCGAAUUGGACCAACUUUUUAUGGAACGAAGAAUCGAAACAGAUUGAGUUAAUCGACUUUGGCGCUACUAGAGAAUAUUCAGAACGAUUUGUAGAAGAAUACAUAAAAUUACUUCAAUCUGGUGUUAACGAUAACCGAGAAGAUUGUGUUGUUUGGUCAGAAAAGAUUGGUUAUUUUACUGGUCAUGAAUCUAAAGAGAUGCAGGAUGCUCAUUUCAGGUCGCUGAGUGCAUUAGGUGAACCCUUCCGAGCUAAGGCAGGACCAUAUGACUUUGCAACUCAAACAGUGACGGAUCGAGUAAGAGCAGAGGUACCACUAAUGAUUCGAGAACGACUCACUCCACCUCCGAUAGAGACUUACAGUCUAAACCGAAAACUCAGUGGAGCGUUCUUGUUGUGCAGUCGACUAGGUAGUCAGAUUGAUUGUCAUCAGCUCUUACAAACUGUACUACAGGAUCGUGAGAAAUGGAAAGGUCCAACUGGACUUAGACAACAAAGAAGUUUAGGCGUUGGAUGCUGAACGUUAGGAUGCUGUUCUAUAACUGACACAAAGACUAGACGUUGAAGAGAGUGCUUCAAGUUCGACUUGUAUGUACAAAUUGAUGAACAUUCGGGGGUUUGAUAUCUGUAAGUGGUCACCGAUCCCACACCGAUUCACAGCCAUCUUGAACAAACAAAUUUAUAUAAGACAUGCUUAAACUUGUUUCCGAAGAUAUCCGAACUUGUUACAAUAUCUCGUUGUUUAAUAUAUUUAUUUAUUUU